AGACUGGUAACGUUACAACUCCGCAGCACACAAGUAUGGCGCUCUCCUGGAUUCACAACUUUCUCCUGGUCCUUGCCUUCACAUAUGUUAGAGCGGCGACGAAAGACAUCAGCAUGGGAUACUACUGCAGUCCUGGUGGGAACAGGGUGGACAUUUCAGACUCCGAUGCUGGAGACCUGUACUGGGGUUCUUACCCGGCUUUAGAAGACUGUGCGGUUUCGCUAGUGGCGGCCGUUGGAAAGCGGAUUUUUCUACAGUUUACAGACAUCAGUAUCAGGGGGACUAAUAGCGACUGCGAAGAUGAACUGUUUGUCAAGAGUGGGUCCUAUACAGCCACUGGAACGACUGUUCCUACUGAUGGCAGCUGGGAGAAGGUUUGUGGGACAUUUCAUCAAGACUUUGAUGCACACGAUCAUCAUGUGACCCUCAAGCUUAAAUCAUAUCAGAAUGGCGGUGGCCGCAUUCGCAUCCGAUACACGGUCUACCAUUCAGCACAUUAUCACGGCUGUGAUGGCUACACGUGCCUCCGUAGGGACAGGUGUAUAGACGACAGUCUGAUGUGUGACGGAGUCGACCACUGUGGAGACAACAGUGAUGAGGAAUUUUGGAGUGACGGUGGCUGCGGGGUUGUUGAGCACCGACAGUGGUUGAAGAAGGUCGCUAUCAUCACAGGCUGUGUGGGUGGAGUUCUCCUUCUCAUUGUGGUCACCUACAUCUGCUACAGGAGGAAGAAAAGACCUGCAACGACAAGAUCUGAUGUUCCGAUGGAAACGGCGGCUCGGUUGGCCAAUAGCGGACCGCCGCAGGUGGCAGGGGGUGGGUCUUACUCGCCACCACCGAGCUAUGAUGAAGUCGUGAAGCCCUCUCCUCCCCCUAGCUCUUGAACAGUGGAAAUGAUGUGGUAUAGAAAUGAUUGUCCCUCUAUGGGUGCAGUGGUUGAAAGUCACUAUUUUACCUUUAUUCUCACGGUACCCUUAUCUGCUGUGUUUCAAAACAUAUGGUAUCAUCAAGUCUGGCGGACGCUGAUUUCUAACUGCAAUAUUUUCAAAACACUAGUUUGAGACCAACGUCCGUUGACUUGAUACCAUAACAUUACCAACGGAUAUAGGUUACCCCACUGAUGAAGGUUAACUAGCGUUAGAACCAAAUACAGGCAAGCCUGUCACCACUUUGUAACCUUAGGCCACACCAAUUUAAUUUCUUGGUUCACUGAUUUUUUCA